UUGAUUAUCAUCUAGUUUAUUGUUAUCCCUGUAUAUCGCAUAAAUACCAAUAGUUUUUGUCAUUGGAUUCGAAGCUCUUUUAAGCUCUCGGGAAAUUGUUACCUGAAUGUUGGCUUUACUUUAAUGAAUGAGAAAGGUGACUUAACUCCAAAUCGGGAUAUUUGGCAAUUUAAUCUUCAUUUUAGUGUUGCUGAGGAUAUGGGCAGUGCUGACUCUGUUGAACUUCUUAGAGAAGCCGGCUUUAAUUUCUCCAGGCAUCAGAAGGAAGGCAUUUUAAUGGAAAAUUUUGGUGAAUUACUGACUACCUCAGGAUUAUUGGUCAACAAACGCAUUACUUGGAUUACAUUUCACAGUUGCUUCGAUUUUGCAUAUUUAAUCAAAGCGAUUUUGCUGGAAAAGUUGCCGGAGGACGAAAAUGACUUUUUUCUUUAUCACAAAAAACUCUUCCCAACGAGUUAUGACAUUAAAAUGCUUCUUCGCCAACCUGCUCCUUCAACAGCAAAAUUGACUGGAGGUCUUCAAGAAAUCGCUAAUCAAUUGGAUGUUCAACGUAUCGGAAAACGUCAUCAAGCAGGCUCUGAUUCUUUAUUAACGGCUCAAACAUUCUUUAAACUUCGAGAAUUGUUUUUUGCUGAUAAUUGGAGCAAGGUUUUUUUUAUUUAUUUUGUUACCCCGAUAAUUAAGGACAAGAAUAGGAAAAGGGGGGAAUGCAAGGGGGAAAUAAGCGCUUAA